UCAAAAUCAUUCAACACACACAAAAACCCAUUAAACAACCCACUCUUAAUUGUACUUUAGCUUCUUCUUCUUCUUCAACCCCCACUCAUCUACACCCUCUCUCCUCUCUCUCUCUCUCUCUCUCUCUAUAUAUAUAUAUAUAUAUAUAUAUAUAUAUAUAUAUUCCAACCUAACUUGAUGUCUAUUUUCUGAUAUUCAUCAACCAACAAUGGAGUCGACUCAAGGGUGGUUGUUAUUAUUUUCAUUACUGUUGAUUUUAAACAGCUGUGCUUGUUACUCAAAAGCACCUGAGUUUGUAAACGUGGGGGUUCUUUUUUCCUUUGAAUCUGUCAUCGGUAGAGCUGCAAAGGCGGCUAUGAAGACUGCUGUAGUUGAUGUUAAUAAGGAUUCGAAGAUUCUUAAUGGAACUCAGAUCAGGUUGAUCAUGGAGGACACUAAUUGCAGCGUCUUCAAGAGUUCAAUUGGAGCAUUUCAGAUGCUUGAGCGAGACGUGGUGGCAAUAAUCGGCCCGCAAUCAUCAACAGUCGCCCACAUGAUAUCUCAAAUCGCAAAUGGCGUUCAGGUACCGAUAAUAUCAUACGCUGCAACGGACCCCACGUUAUCAUCCCUGCAGUUCCCGUAUUUCUUUAGAACCACACAAAGCGAUUCGUAUCAAAUGGCAGCCGUCGCUAAUUUGAUCGACUUUUACGGGUGGAAAGAAGUGAUCGCUAUUUACACCGAUGAUGAGUACGGGAGAAACGGGAUAUUUUCGUUAGAUGAUGAAGUAGAAAAAAGAAUGUCGAAGAUUAGUUACAAGUUAGCGUUGCCCGUUAAUUAUAGCGUCAAUGACGUCGUUAACGUGCUUAACGGGUCAAUCCCGCUUGGUCCUCGUGUUUAUAUCGUUCACGUUAAUCCUGAUCCCGCUUUGAAGUUUUUUCAAGUGGUUAAUAAGCUUAAUAUGACAACGAGUGAUUAUAUAUGGUUAACGACCGAUUGGCUUUGCACGACUUUAUCGUCAUUCACCCCGAAAAAUCGGUCUUUGUUAAGAAUUAUCGAGGGUGUUGUCGGUCUUUGUCAACAUACUCCACAAGUGUCGAUGGAUAAGAAUUUCGGGUCGAAUUUCUACGGGUCGAAUGUCUACGGACCGUACGCGUAUGAUGCCGUGUGGGCCGUAGCACACACAAUCGAUACUUUUCUUAAUCAAGAAAAUAGUUUAACGUUUACGACUGUCGGGUCACAAUUCGGGAAACUCAAGAUUUUCGACGGUGGGGAACAAUUUAUCAAGAUAUUAUCCAAGACGAAUUUCGACGGAUUAACGGGCCCCAUUCGAUUUGACGGAGAUAGAAACUUGGUCCCGUCUGGCUAUAAAGUGUUUAACAUGGUCAACUUAACGGUUCGUAAUGUGGGCUAUUGGUCAAACCACUCGGGUCUGUCGGUCAAACCACCCGAGACUCUCAAAGUGAAUAAAACUAGCUCUUCGGUUUCAAACGAUGAACUCGGUGUGAUUACUUGGCCCGGUGGAAAAACGGAUCGUCCUCGUGGAUGGGUCAUUGGUGAUAGCGAAAGACCGUUAAGAAUCGGGAUACCGAAACGGGCUAGCUUUGUUGAAUUCGUGACGGAAUUAAGUAAUCAUACAAUUGCAGGAUAUUGUAUUGAUGUGUUUAAGGAAGCACUUAAGUUAGUUCCGUAUGAUCUACCUUAUAGAUUUGUUCCGUUUGGAGAUGGUGCGCAUAACCCUAAUUAUGAUGAUCUUGUGAGGCUUGUUAUGGAGGAUGUUUUUGACGGGGCGGUAGGAGACAUAGCAAUCGUAACAAACAGAACAAGAAUUGUUGAUUACACGCAGCCGUAUGCUACAACCGGUCUUGUGAUAGUGGUUCCUAUUAAUAAUUCAAAAGCGAGUACUUGGGUAUUUCUUAGACCGUUCACUAUAGAAAUGUGGUGCGUCACAGCAACGGCUUUCGUGUUAAUCGCUCUUGUUAUUUGGCUUCUUGAGCACCGUGUUAAUAAAGAUUUCCGGGGCCCACUUAAGAGACAACUUGUAACAAUUUUCUUGUUCAGUUUCUCAACUCUGUUCAAGAGAAAUCAGGAAGAUACUAUCAGCCCGCUUGCGCGAAUGGUAAUGGUGGUAUGGCUUUUCUUGUUAUUGGUAAUAACAUCAAGCUACACUGCAAGCUUAACAUCCAUUCUCACCGUUCAACAACUUUCGUCACCAAUCACCGGAAUCGAUAGUUUAGUAGCUUCUCGUUUGCCAAUUGGGUACCAAGUUGGAUCGUUUGCGUAUACAUAUUUGGCUGAAAGUCUUUUCGUGCCUAGAUCCUAUCUUAUUCCACUUGGGUCGCCAGAUGAAUAUGAAAAAGCAUUGCGGUUGGGCCCACAUAACGGUGGGGUGGCGGCUAUUGUUGAUGAGCUUCCUUAUAUCGAGUUGUUUCUUUUGGAUCAUCAUGAUUUUGCGAUUGUUGGUCAACCGUUUACAAGAAGCGGGUGGGGAUUUGCAUUCAAGAGAGACUCGCCUCUCGCGACCACACUAUCCUUAUCAAUAAUGCAACUUUCCGAGAACGGAAAGCUUCAAGAAAUCCACGAAAAAUGGUUUUGCGAAAAGGGUUGUUCAAGCGGUGUGGGGCUUGAAAACGAGCCUAAUCAGCUGCAAAUGAGCAGUUUUUAUGGUUUAUACAUGAUUUGCGGCAUUUUCUCACUCACUGCUUUGGUAUUAUUCUUAUUACAAACCGUUCGUCAAUAUAUUUAUUAUAAACAAAAGCAGAUGCUCGACCCAAGCUCGCCUUCAUUCCCGACAUCGUCGUCAAGCAGGGGUUGUUACGGCGUGUUGUCGAAUUUUUGUGAUUUUAUUGAUGAGAAAGAAGAAGCCAUCAAGAACAUGUUCAAGAAAGAUGAUGAUAAUCCUCAAGGUUCUCAAACUGUUUGAUCUUAUUUAAUGCUAGGUUUUGUUUGAAAAUUGCUACAUAAACAUAUGAUUUGUAAAUAUAUGUGUGUAUAUGUAGGUGUGGUGUUGUAUGCAUGCAUGCAUAGUUAAAAGAUAAAUUAUAGUUUUAAUAUGAUAUGGUUAACUAUACUUCAAAGUAUUUAGGAUGAAAGUUAUUGCC